UCGCGCGGGUUUGCUCGGGCAAACGUUGCACGAAAGUCGACACCCUAAUUAUAUCGGGAUAAGAACUUAAAGCAUGGAAGCUCACACUCGGGCGUGGUUAAAACGUUGAGAGAGAACCUUCAAUGAAAACGGCGUUGUUAUGGCUGCCAGCGACUCCAGUUUCCACCUGAUGGACAAUGUAGCAGGUGGCCUACCAGCUGGAGCAGUGGCUGCUGUAAUGAAGCCCAGUGAGGAACUACCUGAAGGGAGCGUAACUGUACGUGGCUAUGACUUUGAUCGUGGAUUGGACUACCAUGCAUUGCUCGAAUCUUAUCUCACCACGGGGUUCCAGGCUACCAGCUUUGGGCAGGCUGUGAACGAGAUCAAUCGCAUGAUAGAAGCAAAGCUGACACCACUGGCUGAGGAUGAAGGAAACCAUGCUGACCUGAAUCCCUGUUCCCGCCCCCUGACAGGCUGUACGAUCUUCUUGGGAUUCACCUCCAACCUCAUUAGCUCAGGUGUCCGUGAGACCAUCCGCUACUUGGUGCAACACAAUAUGGUGGAUGUGUUGGUGACCACAGCAGGUGGUGUGGAAGAAGAUCUGAUCAAGUGCUUGGCACCCACCUAUAUUGGAGAUUUCAACUUACGUGGGAAGGAGCUACGGCAGAAUGGGAUUAACAGGAUUGGGAAUCUGUUGGUGCCCAAUGACAAUUACUGCAAGUUUGAGGACUGGCUGAUGCCAAUCUUGGACCAGAUGGUGACAGAGCAGGACACAGAGGGUGUGAAGUGGACUCCGUCAAAGUUCAUUGCUCGUCUUGGCAAGGAAAUCAACAAUCCCGAAUCAGUCUAUUACUGGGCACAAAAGAACCACAUCCCUGUGCUGAGUCCAGCACUGACAGAUGGCUCCCUAGGGGACAUGAUUUUCUUCCACUCCUAUAAGAAGCCAGGGCUUGUGCUGGAUAUUGUAGAAGAUCUGAGACUCAUCAACACCCAGGCUAUCUUUGCCCAGAAGACAGGGAUGAUCAUCUUGGGUGGAGGCCUUGUAAAGCACCACAUUGCCAAUGCCAAUCUGAUGAGAAACGGUGCUGACUUUUCUGUAUACAUCAACACGGCACAGGAGUUUGAUGGGUCAGAUUCCGGAGCUCGGCCUGACGAAGCAGUGUCCUGGGGGAAGAUCCGUAUGGAUGCCAAGCCUGUCAAGGUCUAUGCUGAUGCAUCCCUGGUUUUCCCUCUGCUGGUUGCCGAGACCUUUGCACAGAAACCAGGCGCCUUUUCUCCGGAGAAGCUCAAUGACUAAACUUAGGACUGCUGCAUGAAGCAUCUUGGCUGUUAGGAACCACCUAUAGCCGUCCUGCAUGACACUGCAGUUGCUGGCACCUGCACUGAAACUGUUUGGAGUAUCUGUUCCGGUGAAUGCAAGGCAUUUUAACCGUUAGGACAAAAACUUUUUCAUUCUCUGUGCUGACAAGAGGCCUUGGCUGAGUCUGCUUGAAAGGCAGGUAUCUGUUGUCCCAUUGUCUCUGUAACAGCAACCUAAGCUAAUGAGCCUGCUGAGUAGAUCGGUUUCUUACUGCUUUCCUCUCUCAUACCACCUACAUCAAAACAUGGCAGCACUGGGGAGCUAUGUUAUGUCCUCAGCAAUGCUUCAUGCUGUUUCUGUGAUAGUAAAAUGAUCCCAGGAUUCUGGAGGAGACUCUUCCCCCUCCCCUUUUAAUAACCGGCCCAGAUCACAACUCUGUUCAUGGCCUACUCCAACACCCCUCCUUCUAAUUCUUGGAUUUUCUUCUCAGUCCCUAUUAUUUGUGGGAUUCAUUUAUAUGGCCCGUUUCAUGAGGAAUUGGCCUGAGAGCCCCGGCCUCCUAAUAAACCACUGUGAUGUUUAAA